UAUGAGUUUAACCGUUCAGACCGUCUCUACCACACCAUUUGCUGACCAGAAGCCGGGCACUAGCGGACUACGCAAGAAAGUCAAGGUCUUCCAGCAAACCAACUACCUCGAGAACUUUGUCCAAUCAACAUUCAAUGCCGUCGGAGAAUCUGUCAUUAAAGGAGGACACUUGGUGUUAGGUGGUGACGGAAGAUACUUCAACAAACAUGCAGUCGAGGUCAUCCUGAAAAUGAGUGCUGCCAAUGGUGUCAAAAAGGUCACUGUAGGUCAACACGGGAUCUUCUCAACGCCGGCUGUAUCUGCAACUAUUCGGAAACUGGGAGCAUCUUCAGGAGGAAUUAUUUUAACUGCCAGCCACAACCCAGGUGGUCCAGAUAAUGAUUUUGGAAUCAAGUAUAAUAUCACGAACGGAGGACCGGCGCCUGAAAAAAUUACAAGUGCUAUUUUUGCGCAGUCUAAAGAGAUUGCAGAAUACAAAAUAUGCCCUGACUUGACGGUGGAUGUUUCGAAAAUCGGAAGUUGCAGUUUGCAGAUCGAGGGUCUGUCUUCUUUCGAAGUUGAAAUUGUUGAUAGUUGUGACAUCUAUGUGGCACUGAUGAAAGAAAUCUUCAAUUUUGAGCAAAUCGAGUCAUUUUUGAAGAACUUCAAACUGAACAUUGAUUGUCUGAACGGAGUAACUGGACCCUACGCAAAAAGAAUUUUCGUCAAAGAACUGAAAUGUGACGCGAAAAGCGUAGUGAACUCUGAGUCUCUUGAAGACUUCGGUGGUCUUCAUCCGGAUCCAAAUUUGACAUACGCAAAAAGCCUCUUAGAUAUGAUGAAACUAGGAGAGCAUGAUUUUGGCGCGGCCUUUGACGGAGACGGAGAUCGAAACAUGAUUCUGGGAAAAAAUGGAUUCUUCGUCAACCCAAAUGACUCAUUAGCGGUCAUAGCUGCAAACCAAGACUGUAUACCUUAUUUUAAGAAUAAAGCAGCAGCCGGUUUCGCAAGAUCAAUGCCAACAGGUGCUGCUGUUGAUUUGGUCGCCCAAAAAAAAGGUAAAAAGUGUUUCGAAGUUCCGACAGGCUGGAAGUUUUUCGGAAAUUUGAUGGACGCCGGCUUGAUCAACCUCUGUGGCGAGGAGAGUUUUGGAACCGGUUCGGACCACAUUCGUGAAAAGGAUGGAAUUUGGGCUGCUCUUGCCUGGCUGCAAAUUUUAUCCUCACAGAGUGCAGAGAAACAGUCGGUCGAAAAGGUCGUGCGAGGCCAUUGGAAUGAAUUUGGGAGAAAUUUCUUCACGAGGUACGAUUACGAAGAGGUUGAAUCAUCCGCGGGGGCCAAGGUCAUGUCUAACGUGGAACAGCAGUUGACCUCUCUCAAAGGUCAAAGUUUUGAAGCUAUGGGCGUUAAAUAUACUGUUGCACUAGCCGAUAAUUUCUCCUACAAGGAUCCAGUUGAUGGAAGUCUGACUGAGAAACAGGGCCUGAGAAUUGUUAUGAUGGAUGGAUCUAGAAUCAUAUUUCGUCUUAGUGGAACCGGUAGUAGUGGGGCUACGAUUCGAUUGUACGUCGACUGUUUUUCGAGUGAUGCUGAGUUGUUUGACCAGGAUUCGGUAGUUCUGAAACCGCUGGUCGAGAUUGCACUGAAAAUAUCCGACUUGGUUCAGGUUACUGGCCGACAGGAACCAUCCGUGAUCACUUGAUUGACUUAUAACUGAUACCUAAAAAAACAAGGCAUAAAUUUCAAAUAACCAGCAGAAAUAUUUUGAGCACCUCCGCGUUUU